GUUCAGAUGAUUGAGAUUAAGUUUUACCACCGGUGUGAACUUUUCAAAUCAUGAAAAAAAAAUCGUUUCUCUCUUUCUGAAUUUCAUCAACAUUGGUUUCAUCAGAAUAUAUAAUAAGUAGCUAAGAGAAUGCUGAGAAAAGUAUUGACCACUGGUCAAUAAGUCAACAUAGAACGACAAUCAAUUUUUUUGUGAAUCAAUAGUUUUAGUCUCACAAUCUAAUCAUCAUAAUCAUCAACUAAUCAUCAUUGUUUUUUGUUACAUCAAACAGGAUUAACAUCAUCACCUCAAUAACCACAAUCAUCUUAAUCAUUGAUUAUCACCCUAAUUACUUGGCUCAAUCAUCUUAAUCACUGGAUUGAUUUGUUUUUCUUUCUCUCUCUCCUUCUUUCAUUGAAUUGUCCCUCAUACUUACAAUUAAGUACUAAUUGUUGGAUUAAAACUGAUCUUUUUGAUUGAUUUUGGAGAUUAGAUUAAAUUGUUUAGGUUAAUAUGUUAAUUCAAUUGUUCAACUCAAUCAACUAUCUGUGUUUACUUUAUUCAACAUUAUCAAUGAUAAUGGUCAACAGCAGGGGUCAAGUGAUACAACAGGCCCAACAAUACCAAUCAAAUCAACAGCAAUUAAAUCAAUUUUCACAACAAUCAGAUUCUGAUGGAAUUAAUCAAAUUGAAAGAAAUGAAAGACAAUUCCCUGGGAUUGAAGUUCUUCAAGGAAGUGAACCACCAUCUAGGCCAAUUGUCCAUUGGACCAACCCCUUGUAUAAACCUUAUUUUGAUACACUUCCUGAAGACAGAAAUGUAACUGCACAGUUAGGAAAAUCAACAUUUCUCAAGUGCAGAAUCAAACAAAUAACUGACGAAACGGUUUCCUGGGUUCGUCAAAAGGAUCUACAUAUUAUCUCCGCUGGACCUUACAUAUAUACUUCAGAUCAACGGUUCGAGCCGAAGCACGUUGAGAAUACCGAUGAAUGGUAUCUCCAUAUAAAGUAUAUCCAAACAGAGGACACUGGUACCUACGAAUGUCAGAUCAGCACGGAGCCGAAAAAAAGUUUACCCUUUUACCUUAGUGUUAUUGAAGCUAAAUCAGAGAUAUUGGGAGGACCAUCAACCUAUUAUCAAUCAAAGGAUACAAUUAAUUUAACCUGUAUAAUUAAUCAAACAGCAUCACCACCAAUGUUUGUUUACUGGUUUAAGGAUAAUCAAGUUUUAGGCUUUCAAAGUCAAACUGUUAAUCCAUCAGAUUCACGGGUUAAAGUGUCAACAAUUAAAGGUCCAAUUACGAUUAGUACACUUGAAAUUCAUAAUUCCCGUUCAUCUGAUUCUGGUAAUUAUUCUUGCCGACCAGUACCACAAUACGCUGAUCCGGCCAACAUAACGGUAAAUGUGCUUAAUGGUGAUAAUCCAGCGGCGAUGCAACAUUCAAAUCAUUUUUAUAAAUCAAAUCAACAAUUUAAUCAACAUACACUUCUAAUGGUUGGUUUAAUCAGCUCAAGUUGUACUUGGUGGUAUUGGAUCACAUUUCAUGGUGUUUUCAGUUGAUUCAUUUGCAAUUAUAUCAUCAACAUCAUCAACAAAAUACCAGCUAGUUAAUACUAAAUGAUGAUGAUCAUCAUCAUCAUCAUGAACAUAAACAUGGUCAUUAUUAUGAUUCACAAGGAAUCUUGUUAUUAUGGUGAUAAUGAUGAUCAUUAUUAGGCAUCGUCAUCAAAAUGAUUAUGAUGAUGAUUAAGGAAGAGGUAAAAAUAACUGAUAAAUUGUAUUGGUCAUCUUGGAAACUUAUAUGAUGAUGAUGGCCAGUAUUCAGCUUCCAACUCGAAUAAAUUGUUUCGUAUAUAAAAGUGACCUCUACAUAAUUAUUAGAUCUUAUUGGAAGAUGGCAAUUUUUUUAUCUUCAUCAUCAUCAUCCUCGAAAUUUGCUCCAAAUUGUUAUCAUUUCUUUUUCAUUUUUCUUCCUUGAAUUAUGAUAACUUUCAAUUCCCGAUUCUCGAUUCCGAUAUCUUCCACUGGCCAUGGUCACUUCAUCAUCUGAUCAACUUGUAUUCUCUAAACCUUCAGGGCUUAUUGACUUUUUUUUAUAUACUUUGACUUGAAAUUUUUCCUCAUGAUGAUGAUGAUUAUUAACUGGACUUGGUGAUGGUCAAUCUUCAGGAUGAUGAUCAAAAUAAUGAUGAACUUUUUUUUUCCUUCUCCAUGUUGGUGGGGAAAAAAAGGAAUUAAUUUACUCUGUGCCUUUUAAAUCAACAAUUUUCUGUCUACUUAAAGAUUAAUUAACAAUUUAAAUGUAAAAUUAUAAAUAUAAAUCAACUAAUUAAUGAAUAAUUAAUUGAUAAUCCAUUGGAAAUUCAUUUGUAUUUGAUAACAAUUAAUGAUUCAUUUGAUAGUGAAAAUUUUGGCAAAAAUUGGCAAAAUCAUUUGUCUCUAAGCAAUUGUAAUCUUCUAAUUGUAAAAUAACAAUUAAUCAAUGAAGAAAACAUCUCACAAUAAAUGAUUAAA